ACGUGGAACCCCGAGGGUGUGGCCACGGGAGACUGGGCUAAGAUGGCGACAGUGAGGAAGGCUUUCCCGCGAAGACUGGUGGGCUUGGCGUCCCUCCGGGCUGUUAGCACCUCCUCCAUGGGGGCUUUCCCGAAGCGGGUGAAGAUCGUGGAAGUUGGUCCCCGCGAUGGUCUGCAAAAUGAAAAGAACAUAGUGCCUACCCCAGUGAAGAUCAAGCUGAUAGACAUGCUUUCCGAAGCAGGGCUCCCCGUUAUCGAAGCCACCAGCUUUGUCUCUCCAAAGUGGGUUCCCCAGAUGGCUGACCACUCUGAAGUCUUGAAGGGCAUUCAGAAGUUUCCUGGUGUCAACUAUCCAGUCCUAACUCCAAAUAUGAAAGGCUUCGAGGAAGCGGUAUCUGCGGGUGCCAAGGAAGUAAGCAUCUUUGGGGCGGCCUCUGAGCUCUUCACCCGGAAGAAUGUGAACUGCUCCAUAGACGAGAGUUUCCAACGCUUUGAUGGAAUCAUGAAGGCCGCACAGGCCGCCAGCAUCCCUGUGAGAGGGUAUGUCUCCUGUGCCCUCGGAUGUCCCUAUGAGGGGAAGGUCUCCCCGGCUAAAGUAGCUGAGGUUGCCAAGAAGUUGUACUCGAUGGGCUGCUAUGAGAUCUCCCUUGGGGACACCAUUGGUGUAGGCACCCCGGGACUCAUGAAAGACAUGCUGUCUGCUGUCAUGCGCGAGGUGCCUGUGGCCGCACUGGCUGUCCACUGCCAUGACACCUAUGGCCAAGCCCUGGCCAACACCUUGGUAGCCCUCCAGAUGGGAGUGAGUGUCGUGGACUCUUCUGUGGCAGGACUGGGAGGAUGUCCCUAUGCAAAAGGGGCCUCAGGGAACUUGGCUACCGAGGACCUGGUCUACAUGCUGACUGGCUUGGGGAUUCACACGGGUGUGGACCUCCAGAAGCUCCUUGAAGCCGGAGACUUCAUCUGUCAAGCCCUGAACAGAAAGACCAGCUCCAAAGUGGCACAGGCCACCUGCAAACUCUGAGCCCUUGUUCACCUGUGAUCCGGGACUGCGGGAGGUGGCAUGCACAAACGAUUCCUUGAUGGGAGAAAUGGAAUGGGGACAAAUGAACAGGUAUCACGAAGGUCCUUCUAGACAGAAAGGGCUGGGGCUGACUGAGUGGCCUUGGAGCCCGAAAGUGUCCCUUCACAGUGGACCAGCUCCGAAGAGCUGAGUGUCUGAGCACUGGCUUGGGAUGGCCCUGGGUCUCCUGGGUGAAUCUGCUGGCUAACAGAGCUGAAGUCCACCCUGCCAUGCCUGAGGGUCCUGCUCUACGGCAGGGACCAGAGAGCAGUUUUCCCUCAAGCCAGCAGAGCAUUUGCUGAAAUGGUGGGAGUUGAUCUGCAGUGGUGGCCAUCUGUCGACCUCCGCAUCUCUGGGAAAUCUUCACUCUGUACGUGAUUUUUGACAACAGCUUGUGUAAUUAAAGGUUUAAUUUUCUGAUAUC